CUUCGCCACACAGUUCGCCUCGUCUUCCAUGUAUAAGUAAUCCCUUUCUAUCAGUGCACGCGUAUUUGGUGCGACCUCAAAACCUUCUAGAGAAAACUAGGGUUUUCGUUCCGCCAUAUUUUUCUCAGUUUCUUGUCUUUUUAAUUGUUGCGAUUAGUCUACAAGAAGCGCUCGAAGAUUGUAUCAUGGCGGGCGGAGGAAAUUUCGUGCACAGGUUCUGAGUUCGUUGUCAGUGGUCUUGCAAACAGCGCAGACUCAACGACGUAGAGACACACACAGCUCAGCUAUGGCGAUUGCAAUCUCAAGAAACUCAAACCUUCGCUACAUUUAUCGCGCUCUCUCUCCUUUUUCUACUUUGAACCAAUUGAAAUCGACGAUCACAUCAUCUCGACUUAUUCAUGGAGUUAUAGAGACUCUACACCACCAACCUCUUCCAUUUUCUCAGCCGGAUAUUCGUCUAGGUCAUGAAUUGCGAUAUAUGGCGAUAUAUCAUAGGUAUCUAUGCAGUAGUACUGCGACUAGUACUACUGUUAAUCAAUCGAAUACAGCAUCAGAUGGGAAUUCCGAUGCUGGUUCUGGGAAAGGCAAAAAGUCUGAGCAAUCGAAGCAGACUGGCGAGCAAGGCAAACCUGUUCGAGGAGGGCCAGUUUCAUGGUUGAGCUUUCUUUUGCUGGUUGCCACUGGAGCAGGACUGAUUUUCUAUUAUGACAGAGAAAAGAAACGACAUAUUGAAGAAAUAAGUGGUGCUUCAAAUGCAGUAAAACAAGGACCUUCUGUAGGGAAAGCAGCUAUUGGGGGUCCAUUCAACCUUGUAAACCAUGAUGGAAAAUCUGUAACUGAAAGAGACUUUUUGGGGAAAUGGACGUUGAUAUAUUUUGGCUUCACUCACUGCCCUGAUAUCUGCCCAGAUGAGCUACAAAAGCUUGCUGCUGCAAUUGAUAAAAUAAAAGAAAAAUCUGGUUUUGAAAUAGUACCUGUAUUCAUCUCAGUUGAUCCUGAAAGAGAUACGGUUGAGCAAGUUAGUGAAUACGUCAAAGAAUUUCACCCGAAAUUAAUUGGGCUAACUGGUAACAAGGAUGAGGUACAGAAAACUGCUCGUGCAUAUCGAGUUUACUAUAUGAAGACAGAAGAGGAGGGCUCAGACUACCUUGUUGAUCACUCGAUAAUCAUGUACUUGAUGGAUCCUAACAUGGAAUUCGUAAAGUUUUUCGGGAAGAACAAUGAUGUUGAUACUCUUUCUGAUGGCAUAAUUAAAGAAAUAAAGCAGUAUAAAAAAGUGAAGGCAUGAUUUUUAAGUUCUGCAUUACCGUAACGUUUUUGGCAUAUAAUGGUUUCAAGUUUCCCAGUGGCUUCUUUUAUUCUCCGACAAUUACUUGAUGAGAUAUGCAGGUUAGAUAAAAUAGUUCGAUAAGGGUUGCUCUUUAUUUGGAGAGGAAUAUAAGCAUCAAAUGUUCUAAAUUAUAAUCAAAUUGAGAGUCUAUUUGUAUUAUCUGUUGCUUUACGAUAUGAGAAUUUACACAUUUUAUUAAAGCAUGGUAAUGGAGUUGAUGAAUGUGGACAAAAUGAGAUACUGAUUCGGUGUAGUUCUCAGAAAUUGAUAUUGAUGCUCAUGUUCUUUACAUGAUUCAUUUUUAUACCA